CACGGGUAUUUCUGACCUACGCGGAAAAAAAAGAAGGAAAAAUCCUAAAGUGCCACACGACAUCCCACUUCUACGCCAAGUGUUAGUUCAAGAGCAACCACGUAUGGUGUUGCCAUUGAGAUUGUGAAAACGUGUCAACCAACAAUAAAACAUUAUCAAUUUGAGAGAGGCCCCAAAACAGCUGUAUAAUUAGCACUAUUUACUAAUCAUGUUAUUAAUUUGUGAUAUAUCCAAUGUAUCUCAACUCAUUUGGCAACAACAUGAAGAAUCAUCUUCAACUUAGGCGUUACUACUAUUCUUUGUUCCUUGUCUUAUUGUUGUUGUUUAUUAUCAUAUCCUUCCACUACACUGUUGGCAGUGUUGGAGAUGGACAAGCAGAAGAAGAGCAGCUUCAAGAACAACAACUCCAUAUGAAGAGUAGGACUCCCAUUAUAGAGACCGUCAAGAGAUUGUUUUCUUCCCCUCAAACUUCAACUAAUUAUUGGAACAAAUUUGAAUCACUAGUCAGACAAGGCAAGGCCUACUUCUACCCUCCAACACUAGAUUUCAGAGAUAAUCAAGAAGCACGGGCAAGGGAGGAAAGGGUAGCAACAGGUGAAAGGGUGAAAGAAGCAGUCCUGAAGAGCCUUGACAAGAGUAAAGCGGCCUUAGAAGAAUCCGCCAAAUCAGCUGCUAGAUUAGCGGGGGACGCAGUGCAGAAGACUACGGAUAAGAUGAAAAGAACAUUCUCUUUUGGAGAUAGAGACCCUGAACACCAAGCAGAUGAGCUCUGAUGAAUAACAACUUUGUAAAAUAAAUGUGAAUAAUUAGGUUUAAGAUUAGUGUCAUAUUCUAUGUACUGCUAUCUUCACUUUUGAGUAGUGUGUCGAUGCACUUUUCAUUGGUUUGUUCAUAGCAUACUCUCUUCAAUAAUUUAUCAAUCAUAGAAAUCGCCAUGGCGAAACCUAGCCAGGUCUUGGGUUAGAUUAGUAC